AUGACAAUUUAUAUAGCAAAUUCUACCGCCCCCGUUAAUAUUGCCACUUUGAAAUAUUGGGGUAAAAGAGAUGUCGAAUUAAACUUACCAACAAACAGUUCUAUUUCAGUUACCCUUGAUCAAGAAGAUCUAAAAACUUUUACAUCUGUAGCUACUUCUAAAGAUAUUGUAGAUGAUAGUUUAUGGUUAAACGGUGAAAAGCAAGCCAUAGAAAAUAAUAAGAGAUUACGCAAUUGCUUAAUUGAUUUACGUUUGCAAAGAAGGGCACUGGAAGAUAACGAUUCGACUUUACCCAAAUUAUCUACUUUGGGGUUAAAUAUUGUUUCUGAAAACAAUUUCCCUACAGCUGCUGGUUUAGCCUCUUCAGCAUCUGGCUUUGCAGCUCUGGUUUACACAAUUGCAAAAUUAUACCAAUUGAAAAUUAGCAGCUCAGAUCUUUCUCUUAUUGCAAGAAAGGGUUCCGGCUCUGCCUGUAGAUCCUUAUUGGGUGGUUUUGUAGCAUGGGAUAUGGGUAACUUAGAGGAUGGAUCUGACUCUAAGGCCUUUGAAAUAGCCUCCAAAGAGCAUUGGCCUGAAAUGAAAGCUGCCAUCUUGGUGGUUAGUGAUUUAAAAAAAGAUAUUCCAUCAACAAGCGGUAUGCAACUGACAGUUAAAACUUCGACUUUAUUUAAAGAAAGAAUCGAUUCAAUUGUCCCAGAUAGAUUUAAAAAAAUGCAAACUGCUAUUUGUAGUAAGGAUUUUGAGACUUUUGCCAAUUUAACAAUGAUGGAUUCGAAUUCUUUCCAUGCAGUUUGUUUAGAUUCGUUCCCACCAAUCUUUUAUUUAACUGAUACUUCCAAAAUGAUCAUCAAGUUAAUUCAUUUAAUAAAUGAAUUUUAUAAUGAAACUAUCGUGGCAUAUACUUUUGAUGCGGGCCCAAAUGCUGUAUUGUAUUAUUUAGAGAAAAAUGAGGUAAAAUUAAUGUCAUUUAUUUACACUUUUUUUUCAGCACUUCCUGGUUGGGAUGAAAAAUUUGGCAAGGACCAAUUACUACAUUUUACAAGUAACUAUUCUGAAAAUAUUAAGCCUAGAUUAUCAAUUAACAUUGAUUCAAAACUAUUUGAAAAUGUUAGAAAAGUAAUAUUAACAAGAGUUGGGCCUGGUCCACAAGAUACCAAUGAAACUUUAAUUGAUGAUAAAACAGGUUAUCCAAAAUCCAUCAAAUAA